AUGGCUGAGAAGAUUAACCAGCAGGCAAAUGGGUACACAAGAAGUGACGAAGAAUCGGCCACUUCACAAUCCAAAGAGCUAAAACGCAAGAAGAGGAUCAAAUUGGCUAUAUAUAUUGCUAUCUUUGCUGUGUUUCAGAUAAUCGUUAUCACUGUUUUUGGAGCUGUUAUUAUGCGUGCUAAGUCUCCUAUGCUAAGGCUAAGCAAUAGUAUUGAGUUCCAAAAAUGCAAUGUCUCAUCAUCUUCUUUUGACAUAACCUUCGCAACCCAAGUAAGGGUCAAGAAUUCCAACUUUGGGCGCUACAAGUUCGACAACACCACCGCCGUCUUCACCUACGGCAGCGCCACCGUGGAAUUGCCAACCAGUGCUGCUGAUGUUCUUAGUAGAGAGUUUGCCGCCGGGAUGUUGACUUUCAGUGGCGAGGCGAGGAUGAACGGAAAAGUUGAACUGAUGUGGAUCAUGAAGAAGAAGAAGUCGGCCAACUUGAAUUGCACUGUCAUUAUUGAUGUCAAUGAAAAGAAGCUCCGAUCUUUAGAAUGCAAGUGA